AGUGGAAGCUGAGUAGUUAGUGAAACACACCACGUUUUACAAAUUUUGGUACCCAACUUGCUUGAAUUGAGACUAUAAAUCUCUUGGUUUUUUUGUUCAUUUGUGAACAUAUCAACAAAAAUGGAAGGUUUUAGAGUUUUAUGCUUGUUAUUAGUCCUAAGUAAGUUGGUUAUUUCUGCUAAAUCUCAGUUAAGUACUAACUAUUAUGCUUCAAGUUGUCCACAAGUAGAAGGUGUAGUAAGAUCAACUGUGCAAUCUCACUUCAAUUCUGAUUCUACUAUUGCUCCUGGCUUGCUACGAAUGCAUUUUCACGAUUGUUUUGUUCAGGGAUGUGAUGCUUCAGUGUUGAUUUCGGGGCCUUCAUCAGAAAGAACUGCCUUUACAAAUAUCGGAUUGAAUGGCUUUGAUGUGAUUGAUGAUGCAAAAUCACAACUCGAGUCAUUGUGCCCAGGAGUUGUUUCUUGUGCUGAUAUCUUAGCUUUAGCUGCUCGUGAUUCUGUUGCUUUGACUGGAGGUCCAAAUUGGGGAGUUCCACUAGGGAGAUUGGAUGGCAAGAGAUCUUCAGCAUCCGAUGCUUUAAACUUGCCAUCUCCUUUGGAAUCUAUUGCUGUCCAUAGACAAAAAUUUGCUGAUAAAGGUCUCAAUGAUCAUGAUCUUGUUACACUUGUUGGUGCACAUACAAUUGGACAAACCGAUUGCAGAUUCUUUCAAUAUAGGCUCUACAAUUUCACACCAACAGGCAACUCUGAUCCUUCAAUCAACUCACCAAAUCUAGCCCAACUACAAGCCUUGUGCCCCAAAAAUGGCAAUGGUUUAACCAAGGUGGCAUUGGACAAAGAUAGUUGGACUAGAUUUGAUGUUAAUUUCUUCAAGAACAUUAGGGAUGGUAAUGCUGUGCUCGAAUCGGACCAACGAUUAUGGGGUGAUGAUGCAACUCGUGCAAUUGUGCAAAAUUAUGCAGGAAAUAUUAGAGGAUUGUUUGGUGUUAGGUUUAAUUUUGAUUUCCCUAAAGCUAUGAUUAAGAUGAGUACCAUUGAUGUUAAAACUGGUUCUAGUGGUGAGGUUAGAAAGGUGUGUUCAAAGUUUAACUGAAUGUAAGUUUAGUUUUUCUCAAUAAAUCAAUUGUGUCUUUUAUCAAAUGAUAAAUUGUAAUGUUACACAAGUAAGUUGUGCCGAUUUAUUGUAAUGUUACGAUGGAUUUAUUUUACUUAAACAUCAGUUUCUUUUGGUUCAUUAA